AUGACUUCUUUACAAUCUACACCAGUAUAUUAUCAAGACUCAUCGUCGCCUAAUACAAACAAUCAAGAACAACAACAGCAACAACAACAAUAUUAUCAAGAACAACAUCACCCUCAAAUACAACACGCACAAUCAAACCAAGGGUCACCAAAUUCACAACAUUCAUAUUAUGAAAAUAAUAAUAAUAAUACUAAUAAUAAUAAUAAUAAUAUAGAGUAUCAUAAUGAUGACAAUAAUGGAAAUAAUGCUGAUCAGGUAGAAGAGAAUGCCGGUGAUAAUGUUGAUGUUGAUGAACAACCAUUUUAUGUUAAUGCAAAACAAUAUCAUCGUAUAUUAAAACGCAGAAUUGCAAGAGCUAAAUUAGAAGAAAAUUUAAAAAUUGCAAGAACUAGAAAACCUUAUUUACAUGAAUCAAGACAUAAACAUGCAAUGAGAAGACCAAGAGGUCAAGGUGGUAGAUUUUUAACAGCUGCUGAAAUUGCACAGUUAGAAAAACAAAAUGAAAAUGAAAAAGAAAAGGAAGAAACUAAUACGCAAGGUAAUAAUAGUAGUACUACUGAAGAACAACCAGAAAAAUCUAAUGAAUCUAACGAAGCUAAUGAGUAA